AUGCCACACAAUGUCUCGCUGAGGAAUUAUUCGGCUUCGGAGAGGUCUCCGGCGUCGGAAGGGACCUCCCGCCCGGCCGGGGUGGUGACGGCGCUGGCCGGGGCGCUCAUCUUCACCACCGUGGUGGACAUCUUCGGCAACUUCCUCGUCAUCGGGUCCGUCUUGAGAAAUAAAAAAUUAAGAAACGCCGGUAAUGUUUUUGUUGUAAGCUUGGCCUUUGCUGACCUUGUUGUGGCUGUAUAUCCAUAUCCACUGGUACUAUUUGCAAUUUUUCACAACGGAUGGGCUCUUGGAGAUAUUCAUUGCACCGUGAGUGGCUUUCUGAUGGGGCUGAGUGUGAUAGGCUCCAUUUUCAACAUCACAGCAAUCGCGAUAAACCGAUACUGCUACAUCUGCCAUAGCCUGACUUAUGACAAGUUAUACAGCUGUCGAAACACCAUGAUCUUUGUGGUUUUAAUUUGGACACUGACAGUGCUUGCAAUCGUGCCAAAUUUCUUUGUGGGAUCCUUACAGUACGACGCCCGUAUUUACUCCUGUACGUUUGCCCAGACAGUUAGUUCAUCCUACACCAUCUCUGUGGUGGUAGUUCACUUUCUCGUUCCUAUCACAGUCGUAUCGUUCUGUUACCUGAGAAUUUGGAUCUUGGUUAUUCAAGUGCGGAGACGUGUCAAAACAGAAGUGAAGCCCAGGCUCAAGCAGAGCGAUUUCAGAAACUUUCUGACUAUGUUUGUAGUAUUUGUGCUGUUUGCAGUUUGUUGGGCACCCCUGAACUUCAUAGGCCUGGCUGUGGCUAUCAAUCCAUUGAAGAUUGCACCAAAAAUCCCUGAAUGGUUGUUUAUCCUCAGCUACUUCAUGGCCUACUUUAACAGUUGCCUUAAUGCAAUAAUAUAUGGAUUGAUGAACCAAAAUUUUAGAAAGGAGUAUAAAAGGAUCAUAACAUCCAUGUGGAUGCCAAGUCGCUUCUUCCAGGAAACAUCAAGAGGAGGAACCGAGGCAAUGAAGACAAAACCAUCACCUGCAUUAAAUAACAAUGAACAGAUUAAAACAGACACUUUGUAA